UAAUCUCAUACGUAAUAGGUUUCCUUCGAGCGCUCAUGUACUCUGUUCGAAUUCUGCAUGUUUGAACGUUUCCGACGUUGUUUACAGGCCGUCUCAAAUAAUCACGAACUUUCCAUGGGCUACCUCUCACAGCAAGCACUCAAAAAUCUCAAAAAAUAUUCCUAUAAAGGUGUAGAUGAAUCUUUGGUUUCGCAUUAUGUCCUCACUCCAUACUGGAAUUGGUUCAUCAAGCUCUUUCCAUUGACCAUCGCUCCAAAUACCAUAACCUUGCUUGGCCUAUGCAUUGUCGUGUUUAAUGUCGUCACGCUACUAUACUAUGACCCUCUCUACUUGACCGAGAAGGAUGGAGCAACCGGGCCUCCUCAGUGGAUCUAUUUUACUUGGGCGAUCGGGCUGUUCAUGUACCAAAGCUUCGAUGCAGUAGAUGGGAAGCAGGCAAGGAGAACGGGAAUGGCCGGUCCUUUGGGAGAAAUGUUUGAUCAUGGUUGCGACGCGCUCAACACUACACUCGAGGUCGUUCUUGCGUCUCGUGCCCUCAAUCUUGGCCGCUCGUGGUGGACUGUUGCAUCUCAAAUAGCUACCCUUGCCAACUUUUACUUGACCACAUGGGAAGAAUAUCAUACUGGAGUGUUGUACCUCGGUCCUUUCUCAGGUCCAGUAGAGGGUAUCUUAAUGAUCGUCAUCAUUUAUAUUAUAUCAGGAAUUUUUGGUCCCACAUUCUGGGACAAAAAAAUCCUGACUGUCACCCGUCUAGAUAGGAUACCCCAAGUUGUUCAGCACAUCCCCAACAUCGGUCUUAAUGAAUCUUUCAUGGUUUUCGGUGCUUUCGCUCUAGCUUUCAACAUCGUCUCAAGCUACCGCAACGUCAUCAAAGCCACCAAAGCUGACGGGAAAUCGAGUCUCAAACCUCUCAUCUACCUCUUGCCCUUCGUUGUUUCAGCGACCCUCCAGAUUUUCUGGUUGCUCAGCCCCUCUUACCACGACUCCGCUAUCAUUCACUCACCACUCUUCUUGCCGUUCCUUUGUGCGUGGGGUUUGCAAUUUGCCCACCAAGUAGGAAGGAUGAUCUUGAGCCAUGUUACACGUGGACCGUUCCCCCUGUGGCACAACAUGUGGCUAUGGAGUGUUGUCGGGGUAGUCGAUGCCCAGCUCCCGUUCCUAUUUGACAAACCGUCAUUUAUACAGUCCACACCAAAGCGAACGGCGAUGUUCAUUUACCUGACGCUCGCAAUUUCAUGCAUCACCUAUGCACGCUUUUGUGCACUUGUCAUUAGGGAUAUCACGGAGUUUCUCGGUAUUGCUUGUUUUACCGUGCGUAAGAAGGACGCGGAGGGUGUGUGGAGGGAGACACGGGAUAUCCAGCAGGAUGGGUAUGUGAAACGGCUUUGAUGCGAAUGGGGGAGAAGUGGGAUAUAGAGCGUAUUUCUGCGCGUAGUAUUAGCUUAGGGUCAGACAAUUCAUUGCGUCAUCGUCCACUAACAUGCUUGAAAUCGGCUCGCAGCUGCGGCUCGAUAUCAACAAUGUUCAAAUUUCUCGUGCGAUAUUUGUACACGACUGCUUCCCAAUGACUCGCAAGUACUGGUGGUGUUGAGUUCUUGACAAAUAGAGUUCACGAAAACAGAGUUGACGAAAGUCAACAAAGCAGUUCAU